AUGAUGCGACUGGAGGUACCAGAGGGGGCAGCAGCAGAGCUUCCAAUAGAGUAUAACCUCGCCUUCACGCCCGACCACGUGCCCAUGCACGUCUUCUCCGAGUCUAUCAGUGGUCGCAUUGCUCUGGAAGGCAAGGUGGAGCACAAGUUUGACAUGCAGCCGCCCAGUGGGGACAGGGGGUACCGGCAGAUGCUGCAGUCGCGGGAGAAAAAGUGGAACACACCCAAACGCACGUUGCAGAAAUGGGACCCAUCAGGUGCUGCUGGUCCCCGUCUGCCCAUGCCUGGCACCGUCACUAAUGUCAAGCGCAAGGCAGGCACGGCACCGGCAUGGCAGCAGGCAGCAGCAGCAAGGGCAGCGGACAAGGACAGCAAGCGAGUGCGCAUGUCGCGAGAUGUGGUGGAGGCAAAGCUGUUUGCUCUCUUUGAGGAGCGGCCUCAUUGGACCUUGAAACACCUCACGGACGCAACACAGCAGCCGCAGCAAUUCCUCAAGGAGGUGUUGGGCGACAUGUGUGUGUACAACAAGAGAGGGCCCAACCAGGGCUUAUACGAGCUCAAGCCAGAAUACAAGCACUCUGCGCCGCCGGCAGCUACUUAA